GUAUUCCGCUCUGUGCAUCAACGACGAGUUCCCAAAACAAACGCAAUCCAACGUUAUCCAUUGACGUCUGUGCUGUGCAAGUGUGCAAAGUAGGGAGCGGAUACAGAGUGUCGAAAGUUUUCUUCUCAAGACCGGGGUGCCGUGCGUGUCGUGAUCGUGAUAGUACAAAAGCAUAAGAGAAAUGGCUUGCAGAAUGUUUCAUCUGACCCGAGCCGUGCUACGAGGACAGCAACAGCUGAAGCUGAUAGCUGCUGCCCAGGUCCGGGCGCUGUCCACCACAGCUAAGACCAGCAAAGAUGUUGGAUUCCGAACCGAGUCGGAUACGUUCGGCGAGCUCAAGGUUCCCAACGAUAAGUACUAUGGUGCCCAGACCGUGCGCUCAACGAUGAACUUUCCCAUCGGUGGACCUACCGAGAGAAUGCCGCAACCGGUCAUCACAGCAAUGGGUAUUCUGAAGAAAGCCGCCGCACUCGUCAACAAGGAGUACGGACUGGAUCCGAAGGUUGCCGAUGCCAUUUCCCAGGCAGCGGAUGACGUUAUUUCCGGAAAGUUGUACGACGAUCACUUUCCACUGGUCAUUUGGCAAACCGGUUCCGGCACGCAGACCAAUAUGAACGUCAACGAGGUUAUCAGUAAUCGGGCUAUUGAGCUGCUUGGAGGAACCCUAGGUUCUAAGACACCGGUUCAUCCGAACGAUCACGUCAACAAAUCGCAAUCCUCGAACGACACCUUCCCGACAGCGAUUCACAUCUCCGUUGCCCGGGAGCUGACUGGCAAUCUGAAGCCAGCCAUUCAAAUUUUACACGAUGCCCUAAAAGCUAAAUCAGAUGAAUUCAAAGACAUCAUCAAGAUCGGUCGUACGCACACUCAGGAUGCGGUUCCGCUGACCCUCGGACAGGAAUUCAGCGGCUACGUGCAGCAGAUGACGUUUGCCCUGCAGCGUAUCGAAGCUUGUCUGCCCCGUGUUUAUAUGCUCGCUCUGGGUGGAACGGCCGUCGGAACUGGCCUGAACACUCGUAUCGGAUUCGCUGAAAAGUGUGCUGCCAAAAUUUCCGAACUCACUGGACUGCCGUUCGUCACUGCCCCGAACAAGUUUGAAGCACUGGCUGCUCGCGAUGCGAUGGUGGAGGUUUCCGGGUGUUUGAACACGAUUGCCGUCAGCUGUAUGAAGAUUGCAAACGAUAUCCGGUUUCUUGGUUCCGGUCCUCGGUGCGGGUUGGGUGAGCUGAGUCUGCCCGAAAACGAACCGGGCAGUUCGAUCAUGCCCGGAAAGGUGAACCCGACUCAGUGCGAAGCCAUGACCAUGGUUUGCGCCCAGGUGAUGGGUAACAACAUAGCCGUUACCGUUGGUGGUUCGAAUGGACACUUUGAACUGAACGUUUUCAAGCCAUUGGUCGUGUCCAAUGUUCUGCGUUCGAUUCGAUUGCUCUCGGACAGUGCUCGCACCUUCACGAAGAACUGCGUGGUCGGCAUCCAGGCGAACCGGGCAAACAUCGACAAGAUUAUGAACGAAUCGCUGAUGCUGGUGACGGCGUUGAAUCCUCACAUCGGCUACGAUAAGGCAGCUAAGAUUGCCAAAACGGCACACAAGGAGGGAACCACGCUGAAGCAGGCCGCACUCAAGCUGGGCUAUCUGAACGAGCAGCAAUUCAACGAGUGGGUCCGCCCGGAGAACAUGCUCGGACCGAAGUAAAGGUAUUGUUUGUAUUUUUUUUUGUUUUAUUAUUAUUAUUUUUUUGUUUCUGAAAGAAAUUUGCUACUAAAGUAUU